GACCCUUUUCUCUCAGAGAAAAGUAAGAAGGGAGGAAGGAAGGAAGAAGGCAUUUCACAACCUCUUUACCAAAAUCCUUCCAUCAUCAGCAUCAUCAGCCAUGGCCAUGGCAUUCAAGAUGGCGACGACGGGGAUGUGGGUCGCCGACGAGUGCAAGAACUCGUUCAUGGAGAUGAAGUGGAAGAAGGUGCACCGGUUCAUCGUGUUCAAGAUCGACGAGAAGUCGAGGCUGGUCACCGUCGACAAGGUGGGCGGGCCCGGGGAGGGCUUCGACGAGCUCGCCGCCUCCCUCCCGGACGACGACUGUCGGUACGCCGUCUUCGACUUCGACUUCGUCACCGUCGACAACUGCCGGAAGAGCAAGAUCUUCUUCAUUGCAUGGUCACCGACGGCAUCGAGGAUCAGAGCAAAGAUGCUGUAUGCGACUUCCAAAGCCGGUCUGAGGAGGGCACUGGAGGGUGUCCAUUACGAGCUCCAGGCGACCGACCCGACCGAGAUGGGCUUCGAUGUGAUUAGGGACCGGGCCAAGUAGAUCCGACCCCUGAUCAAUUUACCCUUAAUCAUGGGAUGAUGAUGGUGCCCUGUCCCCAUCUCACCUCUUCUUUCGGGCCCCCCCCCCCUCUUAUUUAAUAACUCUCCAAGUAGAUGUGUUUGUCAUUUUGCCCCUGAUGUUUGCCUCUCACCUUUCUAGGGUUCUUGGCUCACUAAUGUAAGUUAAUCCUCCUCGCCCCCGCCCCCUCCUCCCUCUAAUCUCGUAAUAAGGAUUUUCGCUAAUGGCGUUCGGUAACCCGACGACGAAAAAAGUCUGUCUCUUCUUAUCUGUAUUUCGCUAAUUAUCGAAAGUGACGUCCCUUUUGCGACUUU